AUGCAGGUCCUGGCCAAGCAUCCCGAAGAGGUGAACGAGGCAGAACUGCGACAAGCCAAGAUCAGCAAGAAGGUCAAUGACCUGCGCAGACAGAUCUCAUACCAGAGACAGGAAAGGCUCAUGUUCUCGUGGCGCUCUCGGCAAGCAACCGAGUAUCAGGCGCCGGAUCCAUUCUUUGGGCGAGAGGUCUUAGUCCAACCAUCCUGCUUACAUUCAAGCGAGUUUAUCUACGUGAGCAGCAACUGGCGUAUUCGAGGAGGAAAAGAUCCGAACGGGCUUUACAUACUGAAGCCCACCGGGACCUCUUGGAGUGAGACGACCCAGGAUUUACGACUUCCGCCCUCGAGCUUCACCGUUUUGGCAGAACCUCAUGACAAGGUCCUGGUGACCUACCAGGUGCGCGUGGAAGUGCCGCCCACCGCUCCAGUGGCAGUGGAACCGGCAGCGCCGGACAAGGCUCCGCAGGCACUCAGCUCCGAUAGCGUUGUGAAGAUCGAGCGCCACAGUGCAUUGGGAUGGGUGCAGCAGCGGCAGGGCGUUCAGACGCAGGUGGUGCUGCAGGAUGGGCAGAUGAAAUGGUUUCCAAACGAAGACGUCGCGGUGCAGAUGCCGACGCAUCGCUUCGGGGUGGGUAUCAAUGUUCGCCAUGCGCGCUGGGGCCUAGGACAGAUCAGGUCGGCAAUGAGAACGACUGGCGUCGAGAUGUAUAUGGUGGCCUUUCAAGGUCAAAGUGACGUUCUAAGUGUCGAAGACCGCGAACUCAUGAGUGAGAAGGCUUGGUGGUCCCAUUGCGAAGAAGAGGCCAAAAGUUCUCUCGAGAAGUUGGAAAAGACACUGCCGGAGGCAGAAGCUGAGGAAGAGAGUGCUACGAAGGUGGUGUUGGCUCUCCACGCCGCCUUCUUUGACAAGCAAAAGGCCUUUGACGACGCCAACAAGGCGCUGAACAAGGUGAAGCACAGCAGCACUUUGAAGGUGCAAACCUUGGUAUCCUUCAAGCGAGGCAAGUCCCGCCCCAGCGCCUGGCGCGACAUCGCCAACUUCGUGGAACUGCGCUGGGUGGUUUGUGCCGAGGUGCCACAGGAAAGGCCGGUGAUUCUAAGCCUGGAGGAUGUGAAGGGCAUGGCGCGAUCUGACACUCGGUCGUUGCCUCCGGAUGCCCUGGACCCAACAUCAUCUCUGCCAAAGGCACACGACAUUGCGGACGGUGUCCGGACGGUGGUAGUUCAAGGGCAGAAGCUCAACCGCUGUGUGGGGGCAAAGCCACGCAAGGGCGCAUACCUCUCCUUGGCGCGACAGACGGCUAAGCAGCAGCUAGUCAUAGUGGAGGAUUUCGGUGUUGAGAGGGUCCUGAAGCACCAAAGGAAGAACGCACCCGGGCCAGAGCCGAUGCAUGCCUUUGCGCUCCUCAAGGCCGCCGUCGGUGCUCAGCCUGGAGUGGUCUUGGAUGCUGCGGUGGAGGAGUUCUACCAGGGACCGGAGAUCGGAUUGAUCCGCGUCAAGGAGGUGCCACCCCCUGAACAGCUCAAAGAUGUGCUGCGGCCGUUCCAACUUUCCGGUUAUCACUGGCUGGUGAACAACGCCCGGAAUGGUUUGGGCUGCAUUUUGGCCGAUGACAUGGGCCUCGGGAAGACCUUGCAGGCCAUUGCCAUGAUGCUGUACAUGAAGCAGCACGGCAUGCUCAACAAACCCAUGUUGGUGGUGGUGCCCAAAGGGCUGCUGGGCACCUGGAAGAAGGAGCUGAAGCGAUGGGCAGGCGAUGAGCUGCGCCUCCAUAUCUAUGUUGGCCCUCAGCGGCAGGUGUUGCCUCACAUGGCCCCGGCCUCCGCCGCGCAGCCGCCGCCACCCAAGUGUCGGCGUUUGAAUGGCAAGCAGAACGCGAAGAAACUGUACAUCGAGAAGAAGGCUGUCAAGGCGCGCGUGGCCAAGCAGUCCGCCGACGUCUUCCUGACGUCCUACGGGACCUUCCGGUGCAGUGUCGCUGCCUUGAGUGUCCCCAACGCCUUUGGAGGGAUGUUGCUGGACGAGGCUCAGCAGAUCAAAAACCACACCACACAGAUCUCCAGGGCCGUUGGGACGCCGGUGGAGAACAAGCUGCUGGAUUUGCACAGCCAGUUCGAAUACAUCUUGCCUGGAUAUUUGGCUUCGUCGAAAGCAGAUUUUCAGCGCAGCUUCGGCCGCCCCGUGACCAACUCCGUGCGCCGCAGCGUGCGCGGCCAGGCGGCCGCGGCACGCGCGGCGGCAGAGGGAACGGCGACGACGGGACAGGAUCAUGCUGGACUUGCCAGUCAAGAGUCCCUGCGCCGCUUGGUGAAGCCCUUUCUGAUGCGCCGCCUGAAGACUGAUCCGGAGAUCGCGGCGGAUCUGCCGGAGAAGAUCGAACAGGAUCAAGAGUGUGAGUUGACGGACACGCAGAAAAGGAUCUACAAGGCGAUCCAAGAGAAGUGUCUGGAAGACACGUUGAAGGUCGACUCCUUCCAACGCCGUGGACAGGUCUUGAUCAUGCUUCUCGCGCUCUUGGAGCUCUGCAACCACCCGAAGCUGGUGGCCAUUCCACGCCGCCCUGAGAGCAUGCUGACCGCCAUCGAGAACUCCGAGGCCGGUGCGAAGGGCAGCGGCAAAAUCGAGCGCCUAAUGGAGCUGUUGGAGGAAAUCGUGGAAGGAGGUGAAAAGGUGCUGAUCUUCAGCAACUAUCUGAACACCAUAGACAUGCUGCAGAACUUGAUCAGCAACCACUUCAAGAAGGAUGUGUUGAAGAUUGUCGGUGGGGAUGCCGGUGCUCGCGAGGAUGCGGUGGAAAAGUUUCAGAACGACCCGGAGAAGAACUUUCCGGUGAUGAUUCUGAGUGUGAAGGCCGGUGGUACGGGGCUCACGCUGACCGCUGCCACGCAUGUGAUUCACUUCGAUCGCCAGUACAAUCCUGCGAUCGAAGCUCAGGCCACCGACCGUGCACACCGCAUCGGCCAGAAGCACACAGUCAUGGUCCAUCGCCUCAUAUCGAAGGACACCUUUGAGGAAAAAUUGAACACCGUCAUGCAAGAGAAGAAAAAGCUGUCGGAUGUCACAGUACGUCCAG